AUCUGUUUGCCUAACUUUCUACAAACAUGUUUAAAGUUAGGCUUUGACUUACGGCAAAACUGAAACGUCUUGCGGGUAUUACCGUCUUCCAAACCAAGCGAAGAAGCGAAGAAAGAUGAAAGGCUCCAAGAUCUCAUGACGCAACAGUCCUCAAACUCAUGCACACCCUGGCCGUGCAUCUGAUCUGUUGGGUCACAGGAGUUUAUACGCGUUCACCGGAUGCCGAUGGUGAGAAAACAAAGGCAAAGGCAGCUCCUCCCUCUCCAUGCCAUGGGUGCUCUCGGGCGGCCCGCCCACAUCGCCGUCACGGCACCACAACCAACUGCCCCGCCAACUGCCUCCCUAUAAACCCUUUCGCUUCGGUUCCCUUCAGUCUCCGUCCGCUAGCGCCAGCGCCAGUGGCCACCACCACUACCACGACCCCGCGCCUUCCCCACGCCCGGCCACACGCCUCUGCCGCAGCGGGCGGGGUCCUCGGAUGCAAUGGACCUCGACGCCGACAUCCCCACCUCCCCCUCCGCCGACUCCUCGCCCUCCUCCUCCGACCUCGACACCGAGUCGACGGGGUCCUUCUUCCCGGACCGGAGCACGACGCUGGGGACGCUGAUGGGCGUGUCGGCGUUCGGCGGCGCGCAGGCGCAGCAGCAGCGUCGCGCGGCGAGGGCGCCGGCGGCGGGCGAGGAGGGAGCGGGAGGGGCGCAGCGCGCGCCGCGGGAGGAGGAGGAGGAGGAGAGGCGCCGCGGCGGGGUGUGGCGGCGGAGGAGGCGGCGCCGGCGCCGGCGCGGGCGCAGCCUGGGCGGGAGCUGGUGGCGGCUGUGCCGGGACCACGGCGACGGCUGCCCGCCGACGUCGCUGGGCGAGUUCCUGGACAUGGAGCGGCAGCUCGCGGGGGCCGACUUCCUCUGCGACGGCACCGGCGCCUCGGGGCGGGAGGCCGCGGCGGUGGCCACCGCCCUGUUCGAGGACGGCAGGGUGCGGCCGCCGCCGUCCUUCGCCGCGGCGGAGGAGCGCGGGAGGUGGCGGCUGCUGCGGGCGUCGGAGGGCUCGUCAUCGCUGGCGCGUCUGCCGGUGCUGCUCACCGGCAUCUGCAGCGGCGGCGCGGGGUAACAACACAUCGCAGUACAAACAACCAGACCGAAACCAACGGUGCUCGCGAAAUUGCAAUUAAGUGGCUUCGGAGGGGUGUUCAUGCGACAGUGGAGUGGACGCUUACGCUAUCCUUUAAUCAAGCCUCUUUGUCUCC